UUGGGCAUAUUCUGUGGUAUAAACCAAACCACAGUACCGCGAGCGCAGCUGUCAGGUGUGCGUCACCGUGGACCACUGAUCAGUCUCCGCGCGCUCUGCUUACCGACACCGAGAUGUUGCACUGUCCUACUUGACUUUUCUUACCCGUUUCUCUGCUUCUGCACGUGAAACAGUGGUCGACUGUUCCGUUGCCUGCGAGCCAAGAGGAGCGAGCGGGUUAUCAUGAGUUGUCUGGAUGUUAUGUACCCGGCUUAUGGUCAUUACGCACCGUACGCGCACAAAGCUUCAGCGUUCAUCAGCACUUUACCGGCACCCCUUGGUCUGAGAAGCCCCUCGUCUCGCUGCAGGGAUCCGAUGGACAGCGUGGGGGUCCCGUGCUGCUCAGAAGGCGUCCCGGUUUCUGCCGGAAGCUCCAGCUCAGGGGGUCCGUCCCCAUCACCAUAUCCUUCGGCCGGACAGGUAGAGGAGGCUACGAAGGACAAAGAGGUCGGGGAGGCAGAAUACCUGAGCUCACGAUGCAUCCUCUUCACCUACUACCAAGGGGACAUUAGUAGCGUGGUGGACGAACACUUCUCCAGAGCUCUCAGCACCUACAUGGAGGCCGAGGGCAAAAAGAGGCACAGCGAUCCCAGCACAGCUUCAUCCUCAAGCAGUCGACGCAGUUUCCCUCCAUCUUUCUGGGACAGCAACUACCCAUCUCCGCCCAGUCGACCCCACUGUGAUCCUGCAGGUGCUCCCACUUACGCAAUGGACCCCUACGCCCAGGCCUUGCACCCCGGUCUGCCUCACUCACACGCUCACCCGCACCCAUCAGAGUCCUGGAGCUACUCUCAAAGCCAGCCUUAUCCCCCCCCACGGCCCCUCCACGAACUGUACUCCUCUCCUGGGCUUGAUGCCCACUAUGGACCUCUUCUGAUGCCUGCCGUCCGGCCGCCUCAUCUCCCAACGCUGCCUGGGCAUUAUGAAGUGGGAAAGCUGGAACCCACUGCAACAUGGCCAGGGCUGCUUCCGCCUGGGGAAGUGGCACAGAGUCUGGCUCUCAAUAUGGAACCAGGUCUCCAGCACCACAAGAAAGGGAAGGAGCUCUACUGGUUUUAAUGAGAAGCCCUUCAUCGACCAUCCAAUUAAAGCCUGCAGUUUGGCCCAUUGUACCCGAACUGUUGUUUCUUUAGCCCCCACGCACACCGGCUCUCCACCAGCUCUGCACACGCUCUGAACACGCUCCAGGACUAUUUGUGUGCACCAUGGAGAUAUGAACAUAGGGUGAUGAGAGAGCGCCUGGGGGAGGCAGGGGCGCUAGACGACAUGGUCUUUCUGUUUUUGAUCUUUUUUUCUCUUUUUGAUCUUUUUUAAAUUAAUUUAUUGCGGUGUAAAAAUCCAGCUUGCCCUCUACGAUUCUCUGUUUGGACGUUGAGACGUAAGAAACAUCGCAUGGUGCAGUGAAUGAUACAUUUCCUAAAAAUCUGGCUGUUUAUAUUGAUUGAAAAAGGAUGGCAAUGUGUUUGUAUUGUUUCUUUGCAUUAUUUUUUUCUUCUCAUGUACAGUAUUUUUAUUUAUAUAUAUACAUAUAUAUAUAUAUAUGUAUAUAUAUAUAUAUAUAUAUAUAUAUAUAUAUAUAUAUAUACAUACAUAUAUAUACAUAUAUAUAUAUAUAUAUAUAUACAUACAAUAGUAUUUAUGUGUUCCAAUUAAAAUACACUCACGGCCAGUGCUGUUAAUUUUUUCUUUUUCUUAGGAAACGUAACAUGGUGUGAAACAGUUACAAUAAAAAAUCUCUUUGAAAGAUCUCAAAGAAUUAAUAAACCAUACCAAAAGAGUGAAAUAAAAUGAUGUGAUUUCCCAAGUUAAUGAACCACUGUAUAGAACUGAAAAGGUUCCAUUGAUGUUGUUAUAAGGGGAAAGUCAUUUUUGGUGUAUUUUUUAAUGUAUGAGUCUACAUUAUUGAAUUCAAAAUGAAUAGACUUGCUUGUUAAGACUAAAAAUGCAAGAAAGUGUUUGUAUUUCCUUAUUAAACAUGUAUUUCAAUA